UUCAAUGUCCUCUAUCUCACGUCUCUUCCGUACACUGUAUUGUUUUGUCGGUUUCUCAUGUGUUCCUCUAGUACGUUAAUCGCCAAAAAAUUUCCGCCUUUACAAAAAAAAAAAAACUUGUCGCUGUUUCCCCUCACCGAAUCUCGGAUUCUGUCUGUCGCUUCUAUUGUCUCUCCUUAAUUUCUCGGAAAACCGUUCUUCCUUCGUCGAUUCAGAUCACUGCAGUUCUCUUUGAUCAGAUUUAGGUCUUCACUUCAACAAAACCUUCUGUUCAAGCCGGACGGUUCCGGCAACUAAUUUCUCAUUGGUUUUCCAUCCGAAUUAUCUCUUUUUCCCCUGCGGAAUAAUCCAACGAAAGUCUCCGCUUUUUUAUUGAUACUCUGUUUCUCUCUUUCAUAUUCUGUCAAAAUCUUUUUGGAUUCUGAAUCCUUCAUGCUCUGAUUUUAGUUUCCCACUAAAAAAAACACCCAAAUAACCCCGAACAGGAAAAAAAAUCUUUUCUUUUCGUUUUUCCUGUCGGCAGAGGUAAAAAGGAAAACAGAGAGACAUGAACUGCCUCUUCUUGUUCAAGUCAAAGAACCCCAAACCCGAUUAUGUCCUGAAGAAGAACAACUUCAACAACAGAAGUGGAGGGUCUUCACCCAAAUCAGCUCCCGAACUGUCGGCGAGGAAUAACCGUUCGAACCCAUCUUCUUCGUUCAAUCUCCCUGCACCCAGAUCUCUGCCUUCUCCGAGGAUGAUUAAUGGUGAAUUGCACACAGAUAGAGAAGACAAACUUAGGGUUUUUUCUUACAGGGAACUCGGUGACGCUACGGACGGGUUCAACAGAAAGCUUAAGAUCGGAGAAGGCGGAUUUGGGAGUGUGUACAAAGGCACGAUUUCGAUCGACGGCUCUGGUUCCCCGCUUGUCGUCGCCAUCAAGAAACUCAACCAGAGAGGCCUACAGGGUCAUAAGGAAUGGCUAAAAGAGGUUCAGUUCCUGGGAAUGGUGAAGCAUCCCAACGUAGUGAGGCUAUUGGGUUACUGCUCGCAGGAUGACGACGAGAGAGGGAUAGAACGGCUCCUAGUGUACGAGUUCAUGCCUAACAGAAGUUUAGAGGACCAUCUCAUCAGCCGUCGAUCACCCACUUUGCCAUGGAAACAGAGGCUCGAGAUCAUGCAUGGUGCCGCUCAAGGUCUCGCUUAUUUGCAUUCUGGGCUCGGAAUCGAGGUGAUAUACCGAGACUUCAAAACAUCAAACGUGCUUUUGGACGAGGAGUUUAGGCCGAAAUUAUCGGACUUCGGCCUCGCGAGAGAGGGGCCACAGGACGGCAAGACCCACGUCACCACUGCUAGGGUGGGAACACAGGGAUACGCAGCUCCAGAGUACGUGGAGACGGGACAUCUACGGUCACAGAGUGACGUAUACAGCUUCGGGGUGGUGCUGUACGAGAUCAUAACAGGGCGUCGAGCCAUAGAGAGGAAGAGGCCGGAGGGGGAGGAGAAGCUUCUAGAAUGGGUGAGACAGUUUCCGGCGGAGAGCAGAAGGUUCAGAAUGGUGUUGGAUCCUCGGCUGAGGAACAAUUUCCCGGUGGCCGCUGCCCGGAGAGUGGCCAAACUGGCCGAAUCCUGUCUGAACGUCAACUACAAAGAGCGUCCGACCAUGGCUUCUGUCUCGGAUGCACUUGGCACCAUCAUUAACGAAUUCCCUUAAUUUAUAACUUUGUUUACGUAUAUAAACAAAGGUUAUUACACUCUCCAUAUAUAUAGGGUAAAAUUGGUCCAACAAAGCCCAAAAACGAUACAAGUCAUACGGCCCAAAUACCUUGGAAAAAAAAAUAUCAUCUGA